CACGAUUAACAAGUCACAAGGGGGAGGAUAAGCUUAUCCUACAAACUUGGGCGGAGGAAUAGCCAAGUCGGAUCAUGCGGAUUCGACACGUCAGCCCGAGAAUCUAUGUUCAGUUUCGGCCGCUUAUCAUUUUAAUCUCCUCACAUCCUUUAGCUCCUCUGCAACGAAGCUCACCAGGCCCAGCAACACAAGAAGAAAGAAGAAAACUCGCACAAAAGAAAAAAAGAAGGAAAAAAAUGGCGACAGUUUCAAUGUCUCUGCCACUGACUUCAGCAACCCAGCUGAAGGGGUUCAACAACAAUCAACCGAAAGGGCUCGCUAUCAUCAAGUCGUUUCCAUCGGCUUUCUCCACCACCACCACCACCAAGAAUCCCAGCAGCAGAAGAUCCUUCCGAGUCGACGCAUCGUCUCUGAAAGAGAGGGCGGUGGCCGGAGCAACUGCCGCCGCGUUGGCCGCUUCGAUGGCGAUGCCGGAGGUGGCGAGCGCCGCCGCGGAUUCCAGCCUCACUCCGUCUCUCGAGAACUUCCUGCUCAGCAUCGCCGCGGGCGGGUUCGUCCUCGCCGCCAUCGGUGGAGCUAUCGUUGGGGUUUCCAACUUCGACCCUGUCAAGCGAGCCUGAUUGAUUCACCUGGGUGUUCCUCUUCCUUCAUACUCUCUCCAUUAUUGUUAACAGAUCCUCCAUUGAUCGUCUCUCCCUGGUUUCUUUGAAUGUGGAAUGAUGACCUCUCUUUAUAAUUUUCUUUCUUUGGUUGUUAGUCUUGGCUCUCUUCUUACUUGGGGCACUUCAAAUUCCUAGCAAUUUCUCUUCUUUAACAUGGAAGAAGCAUGCGCUCGACCGAGCUCCAAUUUUGGUUCACAGAUCUGGAACACCGCUUGGCUAAUUGAGAAGGGGAAAGUGCAAAUACUUUUCAACAUGGAUAGAGUCGAAUUUAACCUGAUAGGUGGUACGAAAACUUUCAAAAAUCAUUAUAGGAGUUAGGAAACCAGUUUUGAGGUUGAGGUGUUUCGAAUUUGUCAAGUCAAAGAACACAUAAAAGAAUUAUUACGAAACAAAUCCUACUAAAGAAGUCACAAAUUAGUACUACAAAUUAAAACUAAGCACAUACAUGGAUUCUAGUAAAUGCCUAGGUAUAUU